GUUUUUCUGGAUUUUAGUCUCAGCAUACUGAUCUUUUUUUUUUCCUUAUUUCUUGUUCUUAGGCGUGGGUCAUCAUCAACAGUAUUAUAAACAAGAACGGACAUUGAUCGAGCAGGAUUGGCAUUUUCUGCAGGCGACGGACUCUUCCCAUAAAAAGACAUACACACUGGCGGCCGGUCAUCACCGGUGGGAUUUCGAAGUCGAGCUACCCGGUAAUUUACCACAGUCUUUGGACGCUGUGGGUGGUAAAGUGAUUUAUCGACUGAAAGCGACCGUCGAGCGACCGGCGUUUGUCCAUAACAUGGUGAAGAAACGACCCAUUCGGAUAGUAAGGUGUCUUUUGCCUUCCGAUUAUGAAUUGGUCCAAACUUUGGAAAUCCACAAUACGUGGGCCGAUAAAAUGAUUUACGAUAUCCUGUUACCCUCGAAAGUUUAUGCUUACGGAGAAACGAUUCCUGUAUCCUUCAACAUAGCGCCUCUGGCAUCCCAGCUGCGGGUGCGAUCCGUCGUAGCCGUGCUUAAGGAAUAUUGUACAUACAAUACCAAGACCCAUUCCAAAACCGACACACGCAUUGUUCGUCUCGAACAGAAAGAUAAGCCCUUCACGUCCCCACCGCCUACCGACACAGGAAAAUGGACGUAUGUGCUUAAACUGGAAGUGCCUCAACACCCACCGCUGGUCUUUUGCAACGCCGAAAAUGAUAUGAUCCGUAUCAAGCACAAACUGAAAUUCGUCAUUUCUCUGGUCAAUGCGGACGGUCACUUUUCCGAAUUACGCUGUGCCGUGCCUGUGGUUAUCAUCGAUUCAUUUGCACAGCAGUCGGAACUCAACAUGCUGCCGUCGUAUGACCAAACAUGGCGAUCGGUUCCUUACGAGCAAGCGGCAUUGGACGUUCUCGCCACGUCGCCUUCGCAGUCAGGUGCUGGACUGGCCCUUACCGAAAAUCGAGAACCGAUUACCAUUUCUGGACGCACACGAUCUGUGUCUAUUUCCUCCACCACUUCCCCCAGAGUCGAUGGUUCACGCGAGGAAGACCCAAACCUGUGGUGGCAUGGUAUGAACCUCUCCAGGGUACCAUCUUAUGGCACAGCUAUGCAAAAUGAACCUGCUCCAUUCUCUUCGUCAUUACCAGCUUAUGACCAGUUAUCCAUGUCACCUCAUCGUACACGUUAACCCACGCAAAAAUAACUCACCAUUCCCCCACUUUAUCAUGGCUUACAAAGCUUUUCUGUUCAUUUUGUUAUACUUUUUUUUUUAUUCGUACAUUAUUCUAUAAAUCAUCAUAUUGAAAUAUACAUGUGUAUCUAUUAUUGACUAUAUUGAUUAUCCGAUUUCUUUCUCGAGGACAUCUAUGAAUGGAACAUGGAAUUAGUGAUGAACUAGAAAAAUAAAUCAUCCAUAUGCAGAGAUAAUAAGUGCUCAGACGUCUGAGCUUGUCAUCCAACCUCAAGGCGCAAGGGUGGGUUCUUCCGCAGACACAAGGCCUUUGGACGCCCUUGCGUGAUUCCCGGGCAAUCAGACAUGGUUCUCAGAUUUAUCAUCACAGCACCUAUUCCUCCAUGACAACAGAGAGUAAAAAAAAAAAUAUCUUACCUUGAGA